UUUUGGGCGUGUUACGGAGGCUUUUAGACAAAAGAAGAUAUGGAAGUAUUUACCUCUGGACUUUCGUGUUUCAUAGUUGAUUCUCUUGGAGGACGGGAUGGGAGGGGUAGUAAGGGGAACGAACGAGACGUUUUUUCACAAUCUCUGAAAAGUGAGCCCAGUCGUUUCUGCCUGUGGGUGAAGCCUUUGGGGGUGCUUCUGAAGUUCGUUUGGAUUUUGAACGUAACGACCUUUAUCUUUGAAACGUGUAGUUGCACCUGUAGCUAGAUGGGAAGGGUAGACCGGGUUUCUCAUCUAGCAAUAUCAGACCAAUACUUUGUAGACGAGAUACUCAGGAACGAUAUCAUUGCUAUUGUUUCUGGAAGUAUUGUGUUCAUGCUUUAAGGAACUGGAAAAUGCCUUGCGUUUUUCUGUGAAAGGAAGCAAGUCGAAGCACCUCUUAAGGCAGGUAGCCGGGCGGUUUUUGCAUCCGUGUUUCUGAGCACGAUGAGAGGGUUACGAUGCGAUGCGGUUGCCAAGGGCACACGGGUGCUGGAUGGGGACUUGCUCAACUUAUGGGUACCUCCCUCCUUUCUAAACAGCCCCAAGCCUUGCCAUCAUUUCAGGAUAUUUAGUUUGUUGCAGACACGAAAAAUGAAUUAAAAAUAUGAUUGUGAAGACUGUUUUUUGGUUAUUUGGAUAUCAUGUGUAAUAAUGUGAAAGAAAACUAUUUUCAGAAAUAGAGUUGAUCAAUUCAGAAGGAAGUAUAUUUAAUAUUAUUUAUUUUAACUGGGGAGAGAUGUCACAUCAAUAACUGGAAAAUGAUUCAACUUAUUAAAUUGUAUACCCUACUUAGUAAAAUAAUUUAUAAGUUGGAAGAGGUCAGUGAGAGAACAUUAUAUGGAAGGCAAGAAAUUAUACUUUUGCUAAACACUAGUUAAGGAAGAGAAACCAAUGGCACUGAUCAUUUUGAAUUGCAGUUAAGUUGACUAGAGGUAUGGAUAUUAAAACUACUUGCCGUGUCAGAUGUAAAGUGAUUCUCUAAUAUUCCUCUCCCCUCUUUUGGGAUUUCACCACCUGUUAGCCUGCUGAUUGCUGGGUUUCUAAGUCUGUUCAUAUUUGCUAGCAAUUUUAAGUAAUGUCACUUCAUUAGAAGAUUGUAUUGGAAACUAAAGGAUUAAGUUGCAGCAAGAAUUUGAAGGUUACUUCACAAUUGGGUUUGUUUUUAAACCAAAUUUUACCUGCAGAGUGAUUCACGACGCUCUGCUCAGUAGUCUUUGAUGAUGGUAAUGAAAUGGCACUUUGAUUAAAAUGAAGGCUGUAGAUCUGUUUUGAGAAGGCAACCUGGAGAGAAAAUAAGUAUUUUCUCAUUUAAGCAUGAAAGGCAAUCACGAUGUUGAAGCCUAGACAUAUUAUAUAGACACAGGGUAGUUUCAUAUUUUGUACUAAAAAUAAUUAUUUUUGUGUUCUUUCUGAGGUACCAAGAAAGAGCUUUAUUCAGAUCUUUGUUAGCAAGUCCAACAUUCAAGUGCAAGGACUCUGGACCUGCUUCGCAGCCAGACAGAACCCUCACUAUGGGUUCUAGCCUAAACAUUUCCACUGUGGCCCUGAGUUUGUGUUCUGAAGAAUGGAGAUCUCCAGCGUUAAUUCAGUACAAUAAGGACUCAUGUUUUGCCUUUGCUGUUGGCUCGCAGAGGGCACAAGAUUCAAUAUAGUUUGGCAUCUUUAAAGCUGUAUCACUUUCUGCCAAGAAAAAAGUCAGUAAACAUCAGAAACAAACAGUCAUGUAUUGCAAGCCCCACUUUGUUGGAGUGGUUUAUUUACACCAGCUCUGAAGCAUGAAAUGAAGCUUUUGUCAGUGCAGUGAAAAACAGUAAUUUGGCGUGUUCGUGUAAGUUACUAGUGUUCUGAAGUAUGUGCAGAACCAGAUAGUGAAAGAAAAAAAUACGGUGAUCUCCGCAGUUUCUCCUUCGGAAACGCAAAUGGGAAGUGGGCUUUCUGUCCGCGGUGGAGAUUAGCCACCUGGCGCGAGUGAGGAACAGCACAGUGCAUCCUCAGACCCUUCAUGUGGCCUUUUUUAAUAUGCGUUUGAAACAGAGAGUUAUGUGUAGAAGUUGAAAAUGCCUGGAAGAUUUCUGGUCUCUGUCACUCCUUUUCCUGCCUUUUUGCACCUCUGCCUGAUUUGGAUGAUGUGACAUUCAGCGGGACACCUUAACCGAAGUCGUUCUUCAACGAGACAUCUGGCCAAAGAUUGUGUAGUAAUUCAAGAUGGCGAGUCAACCGCCAGAAGAUGCCGCAGAGUCUCAGGGGUCUGACGAGCUCGAGUGUAAGAUCUGUUAUAAUCGAUACAAUCUGAAGCAGAGGAAACCCAAAGUGCUGGAGUGUUGUCACAGGGUGUGUGCCAAAUGCCUCUACAAGAUCAUAGACUUUGGGGAUUCCCCCCAAGGCGUCAUCGUCUGUCCUUUCUGCAGGUUCGAGACGUGCCUGCCUGAUGACGAAGUUAGUAGCCUGCCCGAUGACAACAACAUCCUUGUAAACUUGACUUGUGGAGGCAAAGGCAAGAAGUGCCUGCCAGAGAACCCCACCGAGCUGCUGCUGACCCCCAAGAGGCUGGCCUCUCUCGUCAGCCCUUCUCACACUUCCUCCAACUGCCUGGUUAUCACCAUCAUGGAGGUGCAGAGAGAGAGCUCCCCGUCUCUGAGCUCCACUCCCGUGGUAGAAUUUUACAGGCCUGCAAGUUUCGACUCUGUUACCACUGUGUCCCACAAUUGGACUGUGUGGAACUGUACCUCCCUGCUGUUUCAGACAUCCGUCCGGGUGUUAGUUUGGUUGCUAGGUUUGCUGUACUUCAGUUCCUUACCCUUGGGGAUCUACUUACUGGUAUCUAAGAAAGUCACCCUUGGGGUCGUCUUUGUCAGCCUCGUCCCUUCGAGCCUUGUUAUUCUGAUGGUGUAUGGUUUUUGCCAGUGUGUUUGUCAUGAAUUUCUAGACUGUAUGACACCUUCUUCUUAAUCGAUAUGCAAACUAAGAAUUUGACAUACAUUUGCCAUGUUUGAAGUUAGGUAAUUGAUCAUUUAUUUUCUUUUGUAUUCUCUACGAUUAGCGUCCAUGACAUUCGCAAAGCCAUUGGCCAUACGUUUGUAGUCUGUUUUCCAUCAAAAUGUUGACUCAGUUGGUUUUCCUGUAUGCUGGAAGUAAUAAUGUUCAUUUCUGCUUAGGUGUUAGCAAAGAAGAGGCAAAAAUGUAUGAGCUGGGCCCGCAUGGAGCUCUUCUUGUGAGGCUUCCCAGAGAAAGAGCAGGAUUUCACUCAGCUCUGCUGGACAGACUCCGGGGGCGAGGCGUGUUAGCCUACAGGAGAGGUCUUUGUGGAAGGUUAGGAAGGAACUGAUUCCUCUUCUCAUAAUCAUUGAUAGUCUAGGAUGGAGGGUGGACACAAGAGGAGAAUAUUCCAAGACACGUCUGUUUGAAAGGGGUGCACCCCCCUCAUUGUUGGAGCACCCCUGAGUCCUCUUCACGUGUUCUGUCUCUUAAGUUAACGUUGCUCUCUGUGGUCUGCUAUCUGCUACUCCAGUUGAGGUGCUGGUUCCCUUUGCCCAUGCUCCCUUGCCAGGAGGAAACUCGUCCUCAUGCCCUUGUGUGGUUUCAGUUGAAUACCUGUUUUGCCACACUACUAAAGAGAAUUAAAAACACUGAGGAAUUUGCAUCACAGUAAACUCCAUGACAGAAUAUGGCCACUUGUCUUUGGGACACACCCUUUCCUCCAGAUUUAUUUUCCUGUCUCCUCAGUCUUCUCCGAAAUUCCCACAGAGCAGUUAUUGUUCAUGGAAAUCUUCGUUUAAGUCUUUCCUUAAAACAGGUUAGUUUAGUUUUUUUUUUUUAGCUGCGUUGUUCAACCAGCCCCACUCCUUAUCCUCAAUGAGGUUCCGUUUAAAUUAGUUCUAUAAGUUUAUGAGGGUUUUAUUUUUUCCUGUUGUGUUUUAAAUUCUAUUAUGGACUUAUUUAACUUAAUCCUAACAAUUUUGGGUAAACUGUGGCAGUGGAAACCCAGAAACAAUUAUUGAGAUGUCCUAGCUCACAGUUUGAAGGGCUGAGAACCUCAGUAUUUUGCUGUACUGUACUGAGUUGUCCCAAAACGUAAUGGUUUAGGUUUAUGUGCAAAACUGUGUCGCAGUAGGCCAGGCCAAAAGGUGGGCAAGAAACACACAAAGCUGACGCCCAGCUCGGAAAGACCCUUCAAGGAAGUAAAAUGAAGGUGGCAGAGUGCAGCUUAACGUGUUGCAAUCCCUGUUGUUUUUAAGACCGUUUUAAAAUGGAUUCAAGUUCUUACAUGGUUUAUUUCGGAUAAAAGCAUAAGCUUUGUGACUUGAGGUGGUGAACUUCUUUUCAUGAUGUAGGAGAAGCUGAAUGUAUAUAUUUAUGAGAGAAAUUGUUUAGCAGAUUUUAGGUUUGAGGGAAUAGAAUAUCCACAGAAACUAGGCCAAAAAAAAAAAGCUUUUUAGUCUCUAAAACCCAUUACUGAUGAUUAACAUUAAAAUACUUAUAACUCUUAGAAAGGGGCAUUUCUAUGACUAUUUAACUUGUUUGUGAUGAGACAUUUAUUUGUGAUAUAGUUACAGGGGACCCAGUUCCAAUCUCCUUGUUCAGGAAAAAUUAAUACAUUUCUAGAAUAGUGGUUUGAUUUUAAUUGUAUAACUAGUAACUUUGGGAAUAUGUACACCCAAGGUGAGUAUGACGGGAAUGUAUAUGUGGGAUGUGGCCCAAUGAGUUUAAGCCCCAAGAUACAGCUAAAUACAUUUAUGAUUUCAUAAAAUCUAGUUUAGAUAGUAUUGUGAAUGCAAUUUCCAAAAAUCCAUUUGUACUUAGAGUAAAUAUAAUAUUUAGGAGAUGUUUUGUGGUUUGGAUUUAUAUAUUUAUAAGGUUUUUAGAAAUGUUCAUUUUGUCUGAAAUGUAGCAUCAGAUAAACUGGUGACUUAUCCUAUGAUGAGAUUUCUAGAAAGCUCUGGACAUGGGUACUAUGUAUUUUGCUUAUUUGUAAAAUGUCUGCAGUGCUAAAUUUGUGUCUCUCUGUUUAUUGUGAUAGUCUUUUUAACAGUUGCCAGUUAAGUUAAUUUGGUUUUAAAGAGUUUUAAAUGUAUGACAACAAAAAACUCUUCAUGCUGUUGAAUGAAGAAAGGACCGUGCUUCAAUGUCUUAUUCACUGUGAUAAUGUUUUGUUUGUCCAUUAAAUUGUUAUUAUUUCUAAACCAGAA